UGUCUCCUGACCCCCAGCCAGCAUCAAGAGCACCCUGCUGAGAUUAGAGAAGCUGCGAAGAAAAGGCCUUUAGAACCAAAUCCUUUUCUUUCGUAAUAACAGGAUAACUCUCUCUUUCUAACUCUCUCCCUCAGAUUUUCUCCCUCCACCGCUCACCUCUCAUAAAAACUCUGUUCUCUAUCUGUUUUGUCUGAUGCAUCUAAAGCCCUGAAGUCCCCAGACCACACCCCUGAUUCGCUUCUCCUCCUCGAGUACUCUUCCUUCGAAGUACACAGUACUUCCUGCCUCUGCUUCACUCCACGCCUCCCCACUCGUUUGCUUCAUCAGGCGUGACACAGUCAAGAAAACAGGGCAAGUAGAAAGAAGAGGAGAAAAAAACACAGGAUUCUCUUAUUUUCUUUCCCGUUCUUUGCUUUCUUCUUUCACUUUUCUUGGGAUUUUCCUUCAUGGGUUCUUGCACAGAUAAAGAAGAAAAACCAGCAAAGUGUGUGUGGGUUCAUGGCCCUAUCAUCGUCGGCGCUGGACCAUCCGGUCUAGCUGCCUCUGCUUGCCUCUCCGAACACGGAGUUCCUUCUGUGAUUCUAGAGCGAAGCAACUGUAUUGCUUCUCUUUGGCAACAAAAAACCUAUGACCGUCUCAAACUACACCUUCCCAAGCAGUUUUGCGUCCUCCCAUUACUAGGUUUCCCUGAACAUUUUCCCAAGUACCCAACAAAGGAUCAGUUUAUCUCAUACUUGGAGUCCUAUGCUGCUCAUUUCUCAAUCCAGCCCAGGUUCAAUCAGUCCGUCCAGAGCGCAGAGUUCGAUUCCAGUUGUGGGUUUUGGAAGGUUCGGACCCAGGACAUGGAGUACAUUUCCAGGUGGUUCAUCGUCGCCACCGGCGAAAAUGCCGAGCCGGUGAUACCGGAAAUUGUCGGUAUUGGGCGGUUCCGCGGGCCCAUUGUUCAUACCAGUGCGUAUAAGUCCGGCUCCGAUUUCGCAAGCCAGAGGGUUCUGGUCGUUGGUUGUGGCAAUUCCGGCAUGGAAGUUAGCUUGGACCUUUGCAGGCAUGGUGCUGUUCCUCAUAUGGUUGUCAGAAAUACGGUGCAUGUUCUACCUCGAGAAAUGUUUGGCUUCUCUACAUUUGGCAUGGUAAUGGCACUUCUCAAAUGGUUUCCUUUGAGGCUUGUAGACAAACUCCUCCUGCUUGUCGCCAACUUAACUAUUGGAAACACAGGCCAAUUAGGCAUCCAUCGGCCGAAAACAGGUCCGAUCGAGCUCAAAAAUGUCACCGGGAAGACCCCAGUCCUUGAUGUUGGAGCACUAUCGCAGAUUAAAUCCGGUAAAAUAAAGGUGAUGGAAGGUGUGAAGGAGAUAACCAGAAACGGAGCCAAGUUUAUGAAUGGACAAGAAAAGCAGUUCGAUUCUAUAAUCUUGGCAACUGGCUACAAAAGCAAUGUGCCUACUUGGCUCAAGGGCUCUGAUUUCUUCACAAAAGAUGGGAUGCCCAAAACGCCCUUUCCUAACGGUUGGAAGGGAGAGGACGGGUUGUAUACAGUUGGGUUCACGAGAAGGGGUCUCCUUGGAACGGCCUCUGACGCCGUCAAACUUGCUAAAGACAUUGCUGAUCAGUGCAGGACAAAUCAAGACUGUAGAACUUACUCUAAUAUUGUCCUUGUUAAAAACUGUACCAAAAAAUAAACUGUAAAAAAAAAAAAAGGAAAGUGAGAAAUUGCGUUAUUUCCGGGGGAUAAAAAGGUUUUCAAAUGGGAUACUUUUUCUUCUAUUCAUAAGGACCUGUAAAUGUGUCAAUUUUGCUGGGCCGGCGCCGGCUGUAUAUCUCCUUCUCCUUUCACCAUGUUUCUUGGUUUGUUUGUACAAAUGCACUUUUAUCAAUAGAAUAGAAUGCCUUUUAGUUCCA